CAGGACACCAGAGAAUUUCUAGGAGCAGAGAAGGAAGGAAUCCUGACCAACAGCUCACCACCAACGGCUUCUCAAAGCGGCACUUGACUAUAAAGGGUUAACUGAAGAGCAGCCAUGGGUGGCAGUAACUCAACUCCAGAGGCAAAACAUGGGUACAAUGAGAUGACGACGGAUCGCAAAAAAGAGUUGCUAAGUGAAACUCAUCAUGAUUUCAGUAUAUUAGAAAAAACCACACUUGAUAUUGCUGUCACGGGGAUGUCAUAUGCUGGCAAAUCUUCCCUCAUCAAUGCUCUGCGAGGUCUCUCAGAUUUUGACGAGGGUGCAGCCCAAAUUGAUGCGAUACAAGUCAUGGAGGAUCCGCAGGGGUAUCCACACCCUCAGUUUCCAAAUGUGACGUUGUGGGACCUUCCAGGAAAUGAGACACGUGAGUUCAGUGUAGAGAAAUACCUAGAAAGGGUUAAUUACAGCCGGUAUGAUUUCUUCAUCCUUGUGGCCUCUGAGCGCUUCACUCUUCAUGACAUCCAGCUGUCCUGUGCAAUUCAAAAGAUGGGGAAGCGUGUAUAUUAUGUUCGCUCUAAAAUAGAUUACUGUAUGUACAAUAUAAUAAAGAAACCAGACUUCGAAGUAAUCCUUCAAAACAUCAGGAAAUAUUGCCUCCGUAAUUUGGUACAGGCUGGUAUUUCUUCUCCGGAGAUUUUCCUUGUCUCCAGUUGGUACAGGAAUAUGUAUGAUUUCCCUCUCCUGCAAAGGACAUUAGAGAACAAAAUGGAAGACUUUGAGAGACGUGCCUUAAGAUCAGAGAAGGAGAAACACGAGAGAUCCACUGCAACACCAGGAAUUUCUGGAAUUUGUGUUUUCCUCUCAGAAGCAUCCUUAAAAACGGACCUUGCGAAGCUGAAAGAAGCUACGGCACAAAGUCUUGAAAAGGUGGCAAAUGAGAUUCGUCAAGAAUUAACUGUCUUCAAAAAGGCCAAGCUUGACAUUGCCAUCACAGGGGUGUCAGGUGCCGGCAAAUCAUCCCUUGUCAACGCCCUGCGGAACAUGACAGAUUAUGAAGAAGGUUCAGCCGAGACAGGAGUAAUCGAAACAACUAUGGAUAUCCAUGGGUAUCCUCAUCCCUUAUUUCCAAAUGUAACUUUAUGGGAUCUACCAGGAAUCGGGACACUUGAAUUUAAACCAGAAGAUUACCUGAAGAAGGUCAAUUUUAGCCAAUAUGAUUUCUUCAUCAUUGUUGCCUCAGCACGAUUCAGUGAAAAUGACGUCCUCCUGGCCCAAGAAAUUAAGAAAAUGCAGAAGAAGUAUUAUUAUGUGCGUUCCAAGAUGGAUCUGUGUAUGGAUUCUGAGAGAAGGAGACCCAACUUCAACGAAAACAAGGUAAUUGAGAAAAUAAAGACCUAUUGCUGUGAGAAUUUGAGAAUGGCAGGCGAGCUUUCUCCAAGGGUUUUCCUCAUCUCCAGGUGGCAUCUGAAUAUGUAUGAUUUCCCUCUCUUCCAAGAGACCUUGGAAAAGGAACUAGAUGGUCUCAAGAAACAUGCUUUAAUCCUGGCCUUGCCAGUUUUCUCAAGAGAAAUCUUGGAAAAGAAAACCACUGCUAUGGAAGCCCUUAUAUGGGAAGUUGCUAUUAUGUCCUACAUUUUGGGGAUAUUUCCUGUCCCAGGACUCUCUUUGGCCUGUGAUCUUGUCACCUUAGUAGGAACACUGCUCCAUUUCUACAAAGUCUUUGGCUUAGAUGAAGAGUCCCUCCACAGAGCUGCAAAACAGUUCAACAAAGAUUACGAGGUGUUAAAAUCUGCUAUCAAAAAGUCUCCAAUGUCCAGCAAGAUCACUCCAGAGUUUGUAAUUGGUCUCUUGACCAAAUCAAUAUUGUGUAGGACUCUGACAGUCUUUGAACAUGUCUUUGAUUGUGUACUAGAGUUGGAGUCUCUGGCUGGAGGAGUGAGCUCCUUUGUCACCACAUUCUGCAUGCUGAAGAGCUUUCUUAAAGACAUUGUGGAAGAUGCUGAGAGCGUCCGGGCAAAAGUUGCUGAGCCUUAAGCCUUCCCAAACCAGCCAUUAAAGAUCCAAGAUAUUCAUUUGAGAAGCGGGUCCGAGGAACAGAUUUAUAGAUGAA